AUGUGUAGGAAUUAUAUUUUGCGUUUAUUCCAAAUAUUUUUCAUUUAUGAAAUAAAUACUAUCACAAAUGGAAGGAUUAUUCUGUGCCACCAGGCCAGAAGCGCCUAAGGUACCUCUGUAUAAGUGUAGUGUAGGUACAGGUAGGUAAGCUUUAAUUUUGUCUUACUUCCUCGACUCCUCGAUGUUAUAACCAGUGGAACACCUACUUAACUCGACCUAUCUUUCAGUCGUUUCGUGUACCAUACAUGGGGAUUUGGAUUAACUCCUUGACUUGAAAGAGGUCCUUUAGGUUACUUGUUUAGCAGUUAACGUCUUCUAGUUUUGGUUGAUAAUGAUGAGUCAAGAAAUUAUAUCUAAGUUUAACUCUUUGGAGAAGGUAUAUAAACGUGCAAAUUUUGAAUAAGGAACUUAAUUUUUCUUAAGAAUUUUAUUGGAUUUAUCAAAAAGAAUAAAACACUGGGUAGCCAUGAAUUUUCAAUCAAAUCUGACGCUAAAUGUAGUCAGUUACAGAAAUUUUCAAAAAUGAUAGUGGUGCUUUUUUGACUUUUAGAUUUGUAAUUUGGAUGUAAAAUCUAUGAAGUGUUAUUGCUUAAAAGUUUUCAGAGACUAAAGUAAUAUUCUCUUCGCGUACCUAUCUAUUUAAUCCUAGAUCUUAUAACAUCUACAGAUACGGAACCAUGGAUGUGGGCGAUCAACCACAUCAUAACCUAAGAACAAGGCAUAGCUUCUACAUAUCAAAAGGGUCCAAAGAUUCAGCUCAUAAAGAAUCCUUAUGCAAAUCAGAAGUCAAUGUUCCGCAAGAAAUCAUCGUAAGACCGAACAGCUCUCGAGAGACACACGUCACCUUUAGUAGCCUUGGAGAAUACUAUAAGAAAUAUGAACACGAUGAGGUACCUGUAAAAGAUUCUAGUUAUGAAGAGGUUACAACAACAGUACGCAACAAAUCAUUAACAAAUUCAGAACUUGACAAAUUAGAGAUUAAAAUAUACAGGAAUAUAUCACAAGAGCUUCAAACUGAUGAUAACUCAGUCGGUAGCUUGGAGUCUAAUAUUAAGUUUUUCAGAACGACCGUCCAAGAGAUUUUUGAUAAUUUCUACGCCAAUAUGCGCGAUUUCGAAAUUUAUAAAAAAAGAUUUAACGAAAUUCUCGCAAAGAAUAAAGAGGACGCAGUGGCUGAUAUGGAAGAGUUCAUUAAAGACAUGAUUCAACACAUAAUGUCUUCAGAAACAGUCAUUUCAACAGAGACCAAGAAUAGUAAUGAUAUACCGCCACCGCUGCCGCUGCCGCCUCCGCCUAUGACACUUAGAGACAAGGAGACAAAUGUUAGCAGCUUUGACGAUACAUCAAGUAACGAUAUGACUAUUUCAACAACCGAAAAUUUGCAAUCGGUAAUUGAAUCUUACAAAAAUGACAACUAUCUUACAGACUCUACCUUUGAUGACAAUACAUCAAAGGCGAAAGCUCCUCCAACUAAGGAAGAGAUCUUCAAUAUUUAUCUUCUAAGCGGAAGUCCUUGCGUAGAAAUUAAAAUGAAUGAUCGAAAUCUGUUAUCUGAAAUCAAUAUAAAAGAGCCGUUGAAAAUGCUAAACGAAGGUAAACACGUUGCGUCUGCAGAUAACAUGGAAAGACUCAAAGCUAAAAAGAUGGAGCUGGAGAAGUACGUGGAGCGCCAGGCACAAGACCCAAACGUGCCGGAUAGAGAAAUACCCGUCAAAGUUUCCUACGCGAAGAAGAAUAUACAUCUUAAUGAGGACUUUUCUCACGACCGUGACACUGAAAAAUCCUUUAUAACUAAACUCUGUAAUUUUUUGUGCAGAAAAUUCCGUAAAGCGACUUGAAGUCGCUGUUUUAUGUUUUUGAUUAAAUAAAUGCAUUGUUAAUAUUCAACAAUACUUUAUUGUGGACUAG